GGUGCCUGCUGGGUGCGCCAGCCCCGCCUCCGCCCAGAGCGUAGUGCCCGCCUCUUCCCCCAUGUGGGGCGCCUUUUGGAGGGGCCCCCCAGGAGCAAGAGAGGGUACGACCGCAGGGCUUCCCGUCCCUGGUGUCCGGGCCCUGUGGCAGUGCCCGCGUGCCCACAUGUUCAUGCCCACGUGCCCACACCCGCUGCCCUCCGCGCUCCUUGGGGGGGCCCGGGGCGUCCGCAGGGCCGGGAGCAGGACGUGGGCAGGAUCAUGCAGGCGGUGGGCGAGUGCCUCGAGGCCCUCCCUGUGUGGCAGCGGCGCCAGGUCCUCCGCGUGGGCGUCUCGGGACAGAUGCACGGGGUCAUGUUCUGGAAGAGCGGCCAAGCCGGCGCCUGGACCGAGAAGGGUGUCCUGGAGCCCCGAGACGUCAGCCGCCUCAUCACGUGGCAGGAUGGCCGCUGCAGCCCCGACUUCCUGGCCUCCCUCCCCCCGCCGCAGUCCCACCUGAGCGUGGCCACGGGCUUCGGCACGGCCUCCAUCUUCUGGCUCCUGCGCCACAGCCCCGAGUUCCUGGAGUCCUACAGCGCGGCGGGCACCAUCCAGGACUACCUGGUGGCUGCACUGUGCGGCCUGCAGAGGCCCCUCAUGUCCGAGCACAACGCGGCCAGCUGGGGCUACUUCGACGUGGAGAGCAGAAGCUGGAACUCCUGCGUCCUGGAGGAGGCCGGCUUCCCCACCCGGCUGCUCCCCGACGUGGCCGAGGCCGGCGCCGUGGCCGGGAGGACGUCCCACGAGUGGUUCGGCAUCCCCGCGGGGGCGCAGGUCGGCGUGGCUCUGGGGGACCUGCAGUGCUCCGUGUUCUCCUGCAUGGCCCGGAGGACAGACGCGGUUCUCAACAUCAGCACGUCUGUCCAGCUGGCAGCCUCCAUGCCUCCAGGGUUCAAGCCUGCGGCACAUCCGGACCCCGCGGCCCCUGUGGCCUACUUCCCGUACUUCGGGGGCACCUACCUGGGCGUGGCCGCGUCCCUCAAUGGCGGUAACGUGCUGGCCACCUUCGUCGCCACGCUGGCCCGCUGGAUGGCCGAGCUGGGGUCCGAGGCGCUGGAGACCCUCAUCUACUCGCAGAUGAUCCGGGCGGCCCUGGCCCAGGCAGACACCGAGCUGACCAUCAGCCCGACCCUCCUGGGGGAGCGGCACCUGCCCGGCGAGCUGGCGUCCGUGAGCGGCAUCUCCCCCGCCCGCCUGUCCCUGGGCCACGUGACCAGGGCCCUGUGCCGCGGCAUCGUGGAGAACGUGCACGCCAUGCUGCCGGGCCGGCGCCUCGCCGAGUGGGGCGUGGAGCGGCUGGUGGGCAGCGGCAGCGCCCUGGCCAGGAACGAGGUGCUGCGGCAGGAGGUGGAGCGGGCCUUCCCCCUGCCCGUGUGCUACGGCCGCGACGUGGACGCCGCCAGCGGGGCCGCCCUGGUCAUGCUGCGGGAAGGCCCCGGGGAGGAGUGACGGCGCCCCGCAUCGAUCGCUUCGCUGCCAAUCAAAGCCCGCUUUUAUGAAAGGCUGAAAUAGGAAGGGGGGGCCGGGCCAGCCCCCCGAAGGGCCCGCUGCCCGGCCUCGCACCUCGAUCCCUCACGAUGAUUUUGGUGAUUAAACGGCUCCUGGAGCCGCUGCCGUGG